AUGACCUUCUUAUUAGUAAUUAUUAAGCAUUUUGACGGUAGUUUUUGUCCAGAAGCAAGUCCACUAAAUAAUAUGUUCAGGCAGUUGUUUGUUAUUAUUGUGAUUUUCUGUCUUUUAACUGAUUGCGACAGUGAACAUCACUUAUCCAAACGAUCAUUUUAUCUAUUAUUUCCACGAAAUACAGUCUUACAGUUCACUUAUGGAUUGUCAGUGCCAUUCAUCUUGCCAAGAAGAUCCAUAAAUCUUACAUGGGGAUUUCAGUCGCAGUACAACUUGCCAAAAAAUAUAAGCGACUUUGUUCCAAAUACGAUAGCUGUGAGAUCUAAUACCAUGAACUUUGAUUUACCAAGAGUAAAAUUUUACGAUUACCUCUCAAAAAUUUUAACUAGCUUUGGAUUGCACGGAAGACAAUGCAUCUACAGGUCAAUAUGUGAGAUAGCUGAAAUACCAAUGUACAAAAAAGAUGAUUCUACUCUUGAAAGAAUUGUAGAGUUCUUAUUUACACCGUCUCUGGAUUUGGAGAAAACGAACAGUUCAGUAGCAGAAACGGAAUCGUAUCAAUCUGGCUUUACGAAAAAAAUACUUCGUGCGGAAGACGUCGGAAAGAAGAGUGGUCAUUGUGAUGAAAAGUAUUCCAAAUGUAUAAUUUCUUUAGUAGAUUUAAUAACAGUCCUAUAUGUAACGUAA